AUGAACCACAAAUUGGAUCCGAUUGGCCACAAAACGCGGCACGAGGAGUACGCCAGUCUACACCCGACCAGGGAUUACUACCGAGGAGAUCGUGUGUACGUCGCACAGCAGUAG